UAUGCAGAUUGGCUCUUCCUUCGUUUAUAUAGCUGAUAUGCAUAUUGGCUCUUCCCUCGUUUAUAUAUAUAUAUAAAGAGAACACAUAAACUAUACUUCCGCACCAACACUGCAAAGAAAAUUCAUCUUUCCAGAAUUUGCAUUGCCAUGGCAGUUAUUUGAAGAUUGGGCAAUUCAGCAUGCGAUGCGAGUCUGUACAGGCCUUAUGGGCCUCCUCUCCUCCUCUCCAUCACGUUGUGGACACUGCAGUGCUUAACCACCCUCCAAGUCUCUACACCGGCGGAUCAGAUGGAGCCAUCGUCUGGUGGAAGCUCUCUUCCCAACAGGAAAUUUGGCCAGUAGCAAUGCUUUGUGGCCAUACUGUAUCUAUAGCUGGUUUAGCAAUAUGCACACCAGGUAAUGAUCACAAAGAGACACACAGCUUGGUAGAUAAAUCUUCACCCUCUGAAAUCAGUGAAGCUUUGAUCAGCGCAUGUGUUGAUGGUGUCUUGUGUACUUGGAGCAGCCUUUCUGGGCACUGUAGGCGUAGGCGGAAAAUGCCUCCAUGGGUUGGUAGUGUAUCUGUAUUGUCUUGUCUUCCUAGUUCUCGGAGGUAUGUUUGCAUUGCUUGCACUUGUGUAAAUGCAGGGCAAGCACAAACAUGGCAUGCCAGUGAGGUUAUUGCAGAUAGAAAUGCAGGAGCAAGCACCAAAGAAGCUACCCUUGAUGGAGAAGGUAUCUUGAAAAAGAUGGCAAAAUGUGCUAUUGUGAUCAUUGACUCAUUGAAUCUCAAUAUAGUGAAAGUUAUAUUUCAUGGAUUUUUGUCAAUAGGGACAGUAAAUUCAAUGGCUAUUGUCCCUGAUAUGAUGACAGAAAGAACCGAAUUGGUCAUGGUGUCUGAUCUUUUUGGAAGGAUACAAUACUUUGAACUUAAUGAGGAAAAUAUUACAGCCACUGAAGCAGCAAAGAAUUCAGAAAAAAGUGAUCACACACAUGUUUCAACCAUAGAUUCAACAAAUGCCAAUCUUGAUGGAGCAAGUAUUGUAUCGAUUGCACCAAAUGGGAAGCUUGUACUCUUGAUAUAUAAGAGUCAAUGGAUAGUUAAAUCCUCCAAAGGAGGUGUUUUAAUAGAUGAGUCUUGUGUUGAUAGCCUGCUUUGUAGGAAAUGUCCUUCAGGUCCACCUUUCUUGAUAGGAGGUAUGUUCCUAACUGAAGGUAACUACAAGUGUAAUGAGUUAAAAGUGUCAGAGACAGAAUAUAACAUUGUAACCAAUGUUGUCAUUUGGAACAAUCAAGGGGCAGCAGUUAUAUAUGGCAUUUUGCAGUUGGGGCAUUCAUCUUAUGCCAGGGCUCUAUUUCAGGUACCCCCAAUUUCUUCUGUUCCUGAAGGGGAUUUAUGUAUUAAAUUUGAUCUGAUGCAAGAUUAUCUCAUCCGUAUAGAAUCUGUGAGGUCAGACUUUGGACUGUCUACAUUUCGAGAAACACACAUUACUAUUUGGUUGCCUUUGCAUGCUGCAAGUUGCGUCCAAAGCCAGGGAGAUUUAGAUGCAUGCUCAAAAGUAAGCACAUAUAAUAUCCAUUUAGAUGGGUGUUGCAUGGCAGUUAUGCUCGGGCAAGGUGGGUUUUGGGGUGAUUGGUCAAAAACUUCUUCCUCAUCUUAUGGUGACAUAAGUCCAAUAAACAAUUGUAAAGAAAUGACUGAUUCUUUUGAAGAGAAUCUACAGAAGGUUGUGAAAGUGGGCUCUAGCGAUGCUGAAUAUUCAGGUUGUUUAGGGAGGGAGACCAAUUUCAUUGAUUGUUUUAGCGGAAAUGAAACAAAAUUAAUAGAAAGAAACCAGAUUAUUACAUCUUCCAUGAUUUUGUCAGGGAAAUUCUCUGUUCCUUUGGCUCUAGUAUACGGGUUUUGUAGUGGUGAGAUAAAAAUUGUAAGGUUUGAAUGUCUUUGUCCAAGUAUUUUUACUGGAGAGGAUAAAUUACAAAAUAAACAUAACCCAAGUAUGGCAUUGCAAUCUUUUAGAGGCCAUACAGGUCCUAUACUUUGCUUAGCUGCACAUAAAAUGCUAGUUACUACAACAGAGAGCAGUAGACACAUACUAGUAUCAGGAAGUAUGGAUUGUACCAUACGUCUGUGGGAUUUGGAGGGUGGCAGUUUGAUUUCAAUAAUGCAUCAGCAUAUUGCUCCCGUGCGCCAGAUUUUGUUGCCAGCACCUUGGACGGACCGCCCUUGGGCAGAAUGUUUUCUUAGCAUUUCUGAUGAUGCAUGUGUGUCCCUUUCAUCCUUUGAAACAUUAAAUGUUGAAAGAAUGUUUCCAGGACACCCUAGCUAUCCAAAGAUGGUGGCUUGGGAUUCUCUGAGAGGAUACAUUGCUUGCUUAUGUGUGCAGUAUACUACUCAUGGUGGCCAUAAUGAUAUUCUGUAUAUUUGGGAUGUAAAAUCAGGUGCUCGUGAACGAAUUCUUAAGGGUGCUGCAGCACAUUCUAUGUUUGACCAUUUUUUAAGAUGUAUUCAUAUUAAUUCUACUACAAGCAAAGUACUUGAUUUAUCAACGUCUAUGUCAUCAUUGAUGUUUCAUUCUAAUGAAGAAGCAAAUCUUGAUCUUCAUGGGACUAUAAAGCCUGAGAAGGGGUUGGGUUCAGCUGGCUCCAAAAGUUUCAGCAGAGGAACUGGAUCAACUGAACUGGUUGAUCUGACUACAAAAAAAAGUGAAGGGAAUUUUGAGAAGCUUUCGUCUAAAAUGGUACAGGUUUUUGGUCAAGGUGUGAAGGCAGCAUCAUCUGCAUCUUCUUCUGGAGAUGCUAAUAGUAGCAACUACUUAAGUCAAAUUUCCUCACAGCAGAUCUAUAAUAACAAGCAACGGCUGAUCAAGGGAGCUUGCCCUUAUCCUGGUGUAGCUGCUUUGCAAUUCGAUCUUUCCUCCUUGAUGGCUUCUGAUUUAAUACAGCUACCAGUUUUUGAGAAACAUGAGACAAAAAAUAAUCAGCCUGAUUUAUCACUAGGAUCUUCACACACAUCCAGAAUAGAAAGUCAAACCCAAAAUACCUGUAACACAGCAUCUAAGGAUUCCCAAGUUGUGAUCAAAGAUUCAGAGCAUCAUUUAAACUGUUGGGAUGAAAAUGCAUGGCUGGGAACAAUUGAAGGCCAUUUACUUCGCAUGAGCUUGUCAUUUCUACAUUUGUGGGGUGCUGAUGAUCAUCUUGAUAAAUUACUCAUAGAGGAAAUGAAUAUUUCUAAACCUGAAAAUGUCGGUGUAGCUGCAGGAUUGCCUGGUGAUAGAGGUUCACUUACAUUGCUCCUUCCUGGUUGGCGAGCUACAUUUGAGCUGUGGAAAUCUUCUGCAGAGUUCUGUGCAAUGAGGUCACUGACAAUGGUGUCUCUUGCUCAACGCAUUAUCAAAUUAUCUAGACCCAGUUCUGCUGCCAGCAGUGCCCUAGCAGCUUUUUACACGAGGAGCUUUGUGGAGAAAUUUCCUGAUAUAAAACCACCAUUGCUUGAGCUUUAUGCAUGUUUCUGGCAAGAUCCAAGUGAGCAUGUUCGGAUGGCUGCACGUACCUUGUUUCACUGCGCAGCUGCAAGAGCAAUUCCUAUUAUUCUCCGUUGUGAGAGAUUAAAUAUAAUCAACUCUCCAGAACGCGAAGGGACAACUCUUGUUGCUAAUUCAGAUUUAAAGAUGGACUCAGGACAAAGUUCUCUAUCUGAACUGACUGAAAUUUUGAACUGGUUGGAUUCAUAUGAGGCUGAAGAUUGGAUCCCUAUGAUUGGAGGAACAGAUGGAGAUGCAAAGGCUUCACGCAUUAUUGUAGGUGCAGCAUUAGCAGUCUGGUAUCCCAGCUUGGUCAAAUCAAAUUUGGCUAUAGCAGUUGCUUCUCAGCUUGUCAAGUUAGUCAUGACUGUGAAUGGUAGACAUAGCCCAACUGCAGCAGAACUCCUAGCAGAAGGGAUGGAUACUACAUGGCACUCACAUAUUGCUUCAGAUAUACCACAUUUAAUUCGUGAUGUUUUUCUUCUAAUUGAGUGCCUAAGUGGAAGUGCAUCUGGAAAUGCAGGUUCUAUACAAAAUCCAGUGAUUGCCAUGACAAUACGAGAAACUCUGACUGGAAUUCUCCUUCCAAGUUUGGCAAUGGCAGAUGUAUUAGGAUAUUUGCAUGUUGUUGAAAAUCAAAUAUGGACUACAGGUUCUGAUUCACCUGUCCACUUAGUGUCACUGAUGACUCUUGUAAGAAUUAUACGAGGUGCCCCAAAAGCAAUGGUUCCCUACUUGGACAAGGUGACAAAUUAUAUCUUACAGACUAUGGAUACUGGAAAUUCUGUACUGCGUAAGUCUUGCUUACAGAGUGCUAUGGCAGCAUUAAGGGAGAUGGUACGCAUCUUUCCAAUGGUUGCUUUGAACCAAAGUUCUACAAGGUUAGCUGCUGGUGAUGCGGUUGGAGAUAUUCGCACCCUUUCCAUUCAAAUUUAUGACUUGCAGAGUGUAACAAAACUGAAGGUUCUUGAUGCAAGUGGACCACCAGGUCUUCCAACUUUACUAGCAGGAAACACAGCUUUAAGUACUGGAGGAAUUUCAGCAUUAAGCUUUUCCCCAGAUGGAGAGGGUCUAGUUGCAUUUUCCCAGCAUGGAUUAAUGAUCAGGUGGUGGUCUUUGGAAGGAGCAUGGUGGGAGAAACUUAGCAGGAGUACUGUACCUGUACAAUGUACAAAACUCAUUCUUGUUCCACCAUGGGCAGGCUUUUCUCCCAACUCUUCAAGGGCAAGCAUCAUGGGAAGCAUUUUGGGAUGUAAUAGUCCAGAUGUGUCACAAAGCCAUGAAUGGGGAAUGCCUGAUGAAAGUAGCACAACUCCGACUCCUAAGUUUGAUCUCUCAUAUCGAUUAGAAUGGAAACCCAGCAAAAAUGUGGCGCUUCUGCAGCAUGGCCAAGAAUUAGGAAUAUUCCAACUUUAAGAUACUAUAUAUAUUUAUUCUGAUCAGAUCGAUUUCAUAGGAUGUUCUUAGACAUGCUGCAAGGGAAUCAAGACAUUCUUAUUCAACAGCAUCAACAAUGAGGGACAUCCACAGUUCAAAAAGAUUUGAUAUGCUCCUCUUGGAAUCUAAAAAUGAUAGAAUUAUACUUUCCCAUUGAUAUUAGCGAUUUUGUGUCAAUGACAAUGGGCGUAUAGACAACAGUUGCAAGUAACUCUAUAGCACUGUCUCGUAACGUCUGCUAUUCCUUGUAGACAUAUCUUGCUCGUCUUUAUUUAUAAGGUUGAAGUUGAAAUUUUA